AUGCUGACCGACCCGUCUGUCAUUGAGACCAUCAAGGCACGUGCGACCAUCAUCAAAACUCUUCGCACAUUCUUCGAGUCCAAAUCAUUUGUCGAGGUCCAAACACCGAUUCUCUCAGGACAAGCAGGAGGCGCCACUGCUCGGCCCUUCUCGACCAUCGCCACCGAGUUCUCGGACGGAAGAGAUCUCGCACUGCGCAUCGCCCCCGAACUCUGGCUCAAACGUCUAAUCAUCGGCGGCAUGGAUCGCGUUUUCGAGAUCGGACCUAGCUUCCGUAACGAAGGACUCGACAAGACGCACAACCCAGAGUUCUCGACCUGUGAAUUCUACGCUGUUGGCCAUGGCCUCCAUCAAUUGAUGCAAUACACAGAGGAUCUCCUCCACCAGCUCGCUCGCGCCGUUGGCGGCCUAAACUACCCUCGACCAUCUAACGCCAGCUUGGUCCUCCAAUCUGUCCGGGAAGAAUUCCAAAUCCUCGACUUCCUCCCAGCCCUAAGCCACGCACUAGGCCGGCCCCUACCAGACUUGCAUUCUCCCACUGCACGAGAAGAAUUCCUCGCGAUCUUCCAAUCCAAAGAUCUCCCCUUACCCCCCACGCCGACCCUCCCCCGUCUCCUCGACAAACUCUCGUCGAUAUACCUGGAACCACAAUCCCUCAACGGACCCCCGACGUGGAUCAUCAACAUCCCCAACUGCCUCUCCCCACUCGCGAAAUCCUACCACUGCAACACCACCAGCACGAUACCCCCACAAGAAGUCGCGGCGCGCGCCGAGCUGUUCAUCAACGGCAAGGAAGUCGUCAACUGCUACGAGGAAGAGAACUCUCCUAUCGUCCAACGCCGCAAAUUCCUCGAGCAACAGCUCUACGCUCGCCAGUCCUCCCCCGCCUCUCCCUCGUUCCCCUCAUUUUCUUCGUCUCCAGCAAUCAAGGACGAGGAAGUAAUGGCCCCCGACGAGUCGUACCUGCAAGCACUGGAAUGGGGCCUCCCGCCGACGGGCGGCUGGGGCUGCGGCAUCGAUCGCCUGGUCAUGCUGUUCACAGGGCGCGAGCGGAUCAGCGAUGUUUUGACCUUCGGGAGCUUGAGGCAUGUGACGCAUCGCGUCCAGGGCAGAGACAAGGAAACGACCUCUCUAAAGCCGCAGGAGAGCACACCGUAG